ACAACAACUCAUCCACAGAGCAGAGCCACACUUUUCUGCUCAUUUUCUUCCUGUCAUUCUCUCUCAAUCUUCCACAGAGCCCUAAUUUCAAUCCGACACCGCUCAGCAUCCGUUCGCGCAUCGGCGGAGCGCACUCCGGUGGAUUUCUUCUUCUUUGCGUUACUUUUACGUACCGGCUCUCGUUUCAAACUGAACUUAUUUUAUAGGCGAAGAACACCAUGGCCGUACCGGCUGCUCUGAUCCCCCCGUCUCUGGUCCAGCCGUGUCCGAUCUCAGCAACUUCUUCAUCAUCUUCAUCAGCAUCCUCAUCAUCCUCCUCCGCGACCGCAGCAUCAUCAUGCUCGCCCUCGGCCACUUCUGCGUCUCCCUCGCAGUCGGCGACCCAGAAUCUGUUUCGCUCGGAUCUGCUCAACGCCAACAGCAGCAUCCCUCUGCCGGGGAAGCCCGUGUACUCUACCCCGUCCCCUGUUGAAAACACUCCGCAAAAUAAUGAGUGUCGGAUGGUGGAGCUCAGGGGUGCCAAGGUGGCCUCGUUCACAGUGGACGGACACGAGCUCAUCUGCCUGCCCCAGGCGUUUGACCUGUUUCUCAAACACCUGGUCGGAGGACUGCACACCGUCUACACCAAACUCAAGCGGCUCGAGAUCACGCCGGUGGUGUGUAACGUGGAGCAGGUCCGCAUCCUGCGGGGACUGGGAGCCAUCCAGCCCGGGGUAAACCGCUGCAAACUCAUCUCCAGAAAAGACUUUGAGACCCUCUACAACGAUUGCACUAAUGCCAGCUCAAGACCCGGGAGGCCUCCCAAACGGACCCAGAGUGUGACAUCGCCGGAGAACCCUCACAUCAUGCCGCACUCAGUGCCGGGCCUCAUGUCGCCAGGAAUGAUUCCACCUACAGUGACUCGACACUCCUGGUUUGCUGCUGCAGGCCUCACAGCUGCCGCUGCGGCAGCUGCAGCCGCCACCAACGCCGCCAUCGCAGAGGCCAUGAAGGUGAAGAAGAUCAAACUGGAGGUGAUGAGCAGCUAUCAUGGCACCAACACCCAGCAUGGGAUUGACUCAGAGAAUGGUGAUCUCAGCUCCAGUGUGGGCCUAGAACUGCCGUUUAUGAUGAUGCCCCACCCCCUGAUCCCUGUCAGCCUGCCUCCCGCAUCCGUCACCAUGGCGAUGAGUCAGAUGAACCACCUCAGCACCAUCGCCAAUAUGGCCGCCGCAGCACAGGGACAGAGUGCCCCAUCCAGAAUGGUGACAUCAGUGAUUAAGGAGCGGGUACCCGACAGUCCCUCCCCUGCCCCCUCUCUGGAAGACGGCAGGAGGCCGGGGAGCCGUCCCUCAUCCCAGCGCAGCAGCAGCGUCUCCAGCUCUCCCGCGCACACGGAGAGCUCCUCCGACAGAAUGCCUGUGCACCAGAAUGGACUGUCCAUGAAUCACGCAUUACUUGGCCUGUCUCCCAACAUCUUACCUGGACCUAAGGAGGGUGACCUGGCAACUCAUGAAAUUGGUCAUGAGGCCAAAAGAAUGCAUCUGGAGAAAGAAGAAACCCCAAUGUGCACGCCGACAGCGAGAGACAGCUAUGAGAGGUUGUCGCUGGCAGGUCAGGCUUUACCUCCAGGCUUCCCGUCGCCUUUCCUCUUUCCUGAUGGACUGUCAUCGAUAGAGACCCUUCUGACCAACAUUCAGGGUCUGCUGAAGGUGGCGAUUGAUAACGCUCGCGCUCAGGAGAAACAAGUGCAGCUGGAGAAGACAGAGCUGAAGAUGGAGCUGUUUAGAGAGAGGGAGCUCAGAGAGACCCUGGAGAAACAGCUGGCUGUCGAGCAGAAGAACAGAGCGAUCAUUCAGAAGCGACUGAAGAAGGAAAAGAAAGCAAAGAGGAAAUUGCAGGAAGCGUUGGAGUAUGAGUCAAAGCGACGAGAGCAGGCCGAGCAAUCUUUGAAACAAACAUCACCAACAGAAAGUCUCAGAUCGCUCAACGACUCGUUGACCCAGGAGAUAGAGACUGACCGCAGCAGUGGCAGAACAGAUGCUGAGAGGACAAUACAAGAUGGAAGACUUUUUCUGAAAACCACAGUGAUGUACUGAUGACGUAGCGUCGAGGAUAUGUUGUAUGAAGGUUCUCCAGAUUCACCUCGCAGGGUAAUUUAGUUACAGAAACAGGUCAAUCGCUCAUAGAGGUCCAUCAGAGGGGUUUGCUGGGCCUGGUGUGGAAGACGGAUUGUGUCAGAAUGUAGUAUUAGGACUCUUAUUUUCACUGAAUAAACGUUUCAUUAUGCCAGUUGUGGGAUUGGACAUCAUGAGUUGGCUGUUUCAAAGGUGACAAUUUGAGCACAGUAAAAUGUACCGUUCGGUACACUUGGUGAUAAUAUUUACAACAAAUUCACAGCACUGAAGAUUUUUUAUACUGUAUUUAAACCAGCGAGAAAGCUUCGAAAAAGAAAUCUGAUUCAGAGGUUUUGUUUUGUAUUAAAAAGAAGAAGAAAAAAAACACAAAUCCCUAAUGUCACAAUUAUUUGCCAAGAUGUUAAAAAUUCAAACUUGGAGAGCCUCUGAAAAUGUGAAUUUGAAUAUAUGUUGAUCGACAGAAAUGGCUAAUAUUUGCUUUUAAUGUUUUCUAAACUAGAAGAAAAAACAAUCAACUUUUCAUCAUUAUUUCUAUCAUUAUUGUAUAUACAAGAACAGAAGAUAGGUUAACUCGCUCACUUUGGUAUUUGUAUAUAAUGUUUAAAGUUGGUAUUGUGUAUGCAGUAGAUCUAUUAGGAAAACAAUACCGACGUUUAUACUGUAUUGAAUUUAUAGAUUUGUUUUGUUUCUGAGCCAUCGUUCUUUCAAUUCGCUGCCACUAUGGUGAGGAAGCAUGCAGGCAUGUAAAUGUGUUGUCCUGAAUUCAUGUUAUUCAAUAAAUACUUAACUGUGCUGAAAAA